AUGGACAGGGUUUCCUUGACUGCCGUGCACAAGGAAUGGGAUGGGUGUGAAGGAGUACGUGCCUACUAUCGUAACAACCGCCGCCUCUUCAGGGGUUACGAAGAGGGUUGCUGUGAUCCGAAGUGUGUGGUGGCUACUGCUGCUUUGAACAAGCUUGUGCUUAUACCACUUCUGAAGCGCAUGGCUGCCUCUGUUGGCCGUCAGCUUUACACCAUCAAGAUGCUUGAGACGGAGCGGCUUGCUAUGCAUUUUCUUCUUUUUCCACUUAAUCUCUAUAUAUACAAGUUCUCGAUCAUUGUAGGGACAUCGAUCAACACAUGCAAGACAAACAGCUACAUAAGGAUGAAAGCUCUCCACAAGUUGAUUUUCCCAAACCACGAGAUUGUGAAAGCAGAUGUCAAGAAAGAUGCCUGGCUGGCGAGAUCAUUCGCAGUUCUCGUCAAGAGGAAGUUGCAAAGAGGAAAGAAGAGCGGGAACCCCGAUUUCAACGAGCUUCUGGACAUCUUGAGGGGCGGUCCUCCCGUCGACCCUGAUGACCAUCGUGAUUCUGACGAUGAUGGGGAUGAUGAUGAUGAUGAUGGAGAUGAUUCGCCUUGUGUGCCAGCGGGUGACCUUUCUGGCGAGCAGCUUGACGAGCUGGACCGCGAGCUUGGUUUGGGCUCUGGCUCGGAGGCCAUGGUCGAAGCUGUUUCGCCUGCAGAUGGUGAUCCUCUGGAGGAGUUUUUGGCCGAGUCUCCAGCAGAUGAGCCAGCCACCCUGGGAAACACGAUGCCUGAUGAUGAUCCCUUGGCGGAGAUGUUGGCCGAGUUUCCGUCGCCAACGGAUGCGGCAGCUGAUGCUUCGACUGCCAAGCCAAUGGAGGUUGUCGAAGUGCUUGAGUCUCCUGUGAAGGCUGAGCCAGUGUCACCGGAGAGGACCAAGAAGCAGCCAAAGGCGCACGUGUUUGAGGAUGGCGAGGAGCUGAGGAAGGUUUCAGAAGAGCUUGCAGCUUUGAAAGCCAAGCAGAGCCAGAGGCAGGACGCCGCAACAUCUCUGGCUGUGGCAGGUGAUGCUGAUGGCAAGAGCCUGUGCAAGCUGCUAGGCCUUUCGGAACCUUCGUCCGGAGCAAUGGGUUGCACGGACAAUGUCGAGACCCAGAUGACAGAUGAGGGGAUGAUGGAUGCGAUUGCUGAAAAGCAUCGUGCUACGGAUGUGUCGAUGGACUUGCAAUCCAGCCCUGAGACCGGGAAGAAGGACGGCAAGAAGAAGCCAUCGGAGUUGCCGGUGGUUACUCGCCGUGAGCAGAUGGGCCUGAAGGCCAAGAUGAAGGAGGACAAGUUGGAGAAGCAGGAAGCCAAGGCUUCAGCUAAGGCUAAGGGUAAGUCCCAGAAAAAGCCCCCAUCCGACAACGCCGAGGAGGCAGCCAAUCCCCCGCCCCCACUCAAGAAGACUAAGCCUGUGAUCUGGGGCUCGCCACAGUGCAAGAAGCGCCGCGGCCAGAAGAUGAAUGAUGACCAGAAGUCGGAUGCUCCAGAUCAUGCCAGCGAGGCAUGUCCGACGGAGUUCUAUGAGCCGCCCGCCCCAAAGAAGAAGAAGGUCAUGAAGCGGCCGAGCGCCAAGAUGUCCAAGGAGCCCCAGGAGGAUCCGGAGCCCAAGGAUCAGAUUACGAUCGAGCCAAGCAACCCCAUCUUGCAAAAGAAGACGUUCGCUCGGCGGUUUUGUCCGGCCGGACAGUGGAGCCAGCUCAAGUGGCUGACAAUCCGGAAGAUGUUCAUUCACAAGCUUUACAAGGACAAGUUUUUCGAUGCUUGCACUGUGUAUUUGGACACGACCGCAUUGCCCGUCUGUGCCGAGACGAUCGAGGACCGCAUUUCUGAGGCUGCGAGCAACUUUCUCAUGGAGUAUGGCUUCCCGGAAGCUGUGCCCUGA